AUGGAAGACACUAAAAUUCUUCAAUAUUUUGAGGGGAAGACAAUUCUCAUUACUGGAGCCACAGGAUUUUUAGCAAAAAUUUUCUUGGAGAAAAUACUUAGAGUUCAACCCGAAAUCAAAAAGUUGUUUCUUCUAAUUAGAGCAGUGGAUAAGAGAUCUGCUGAACAACGCUUACGUGAAGAGGUGCUCAACACUGAAUUGUUUCGAGUUCUUAGAGAGAAAUACGGUAUCUAUGACUCAAAAUUGAGAGAUGAGAUGUGGCAAGAAGUACAUAUUAUUGUUAACUCAGCCGCAACUACUAAAUUUGACGAAAGAUAUGAUGUUGCAAUGGGGAUCAAUGCUUUAGGAGCCAUGCAUGUCCAAAAGUUUGCCAGAAAUUGUUCAAAAAUAGAGAUGUUUGUCCAUGUAUCCACAGCUUACGUACGAAGCUCGAGUGUGGGGCUCAUACCAGAAAAGCCAUUUCAUAUGGGCGAGACACCUGAUGGAGCUAAAAUCUCCUAUUUAGAUAUCAACACAGAAAAGAAGGUGGUGGAAGAAAGACUAAGAGGGCUUGAAGCUCAAAAUGCGACAGAACUAGAAAUCGCAUCAGCUAUGAGAAAUUUGGGCAUUGACAGAGCAAAGCUGCAUGGGUGGCCAAACACGUAUGUGUUUACAAAGGCUAUUGGGGAAAUGCUUUUGGAGAAUUUGGAGGAAAAUGUUAAGCUCAUUAUUGUUCGCCCAACAAUUAUAACAAGUACUUAUAAAGAGCCCUUCUCUGGUUGGACCGAGAGUUUAAGAACUCUUGACAGCAUCUUCGUUGCUUAUGGCAAAGGAAAACUAAAAUUCUUCGUUGGUGAUCCCAACUCGACACUUGACAUGAUACCUGGUGAUAUGGUGGUGAAUUCUAUGCUUGUAGCAAUGGCUAUGCAUGCAAAUCAACCAUCUCACAGGUUAAUUUAUCAUAUUGGUUCAUCUCUAAGAAAUCCACUAAAAUAUGAAGAUAUGAAGUGGCUUAUGGAUAAAUAUUUAACUAAGAAUCCUUUGCUUGACACGGGCGGGAAGCCUAUCAAACUUGAGAAAGGCAAAGUAUUGGAAACCAUGGCUAGCUUUCACAGAUAUAUUGCAAUCCGUUACUUGCCAUUUAUACAGGUUAGUUUUAUUAAUCUUUUCUACUGA